UAAAACGAAAACAAACAAAAUAUUUAAAGAAAUCUUAAUAAAAUAUUAAUAAAGAACAAAAUAAAUAUCUACUUGAUGUUAAAUUUGAAAGUAUAAAAACAACAAAUAAAACAAUGGUUUAUGAAUCAUCUUACGAUACCGGACUUCCUCCAUAUAUACCCGAUACAAAACGAGGCUUUUGGGCAAAACCAAAUGAUUUCAUAUAUGCCGGUAUUGCUUUAGCAUUUCGUUUGGUUUUUUCUAUGUCAUGGUUUUUCUCUAUAAGAUAUAGGGAUGUUGCUAUGAUACCGACCUAUCUAUUAUCAUUGGUUCUAUAUGCAAUUCCACUAAUGGUGAUACAAUCGUUUCUGGGACAAUUUUCAAGCAGCAGUUAUAUAUCAUCGUUUCGUUUGACACCUUUAUUUAAAAGUGUUGGUUAUAUAGCAUUAGUUAUUAAUUUGAUAGUGCUUACAUACUAUAGUCUUUUUGCUGUGGUACCUUUGGUCUAUAUGUUUGCCUCUAUGCAGCCUACCUUACCCUGGAGUUGUGACGGUUUUAAGAAAUGGGCCACAGAUUUAACUGAAAGCGAAAAGAUUAACCUUUGUAAUGUUCAGUUUCAAAACGCCUCAGAUUACGAUGAUGAUUCGUUUAUAUUCCUUAAUCAUCAUAUACCUUCUGUAUUGUAUUUUAAAACACUUUUCCAUGAUCGAAAUUUAUUUAGAUAUAAUUACAUGGACUUUACAAUGCCCUGGCAAUUGGUUUUGUGCUCGUUAAUUGUAUGGACCACAGUUGCAGUUUUAAUUUAUAAUUUUUUUAAUACAGAAAAGCUGGGUCAAUUAAUUCGUUAUAGCGUCUGGACUUUCGUUGGAUUAUUGAUCAUUUGCUUAAUACGUUUCAGUUUUCUACCUGGAGCAGGUGUUGUUUAUCGCAAAGUGUUUGUGCCCUCUUGGAGGGAAUAUCUAUAUAGUUUCAACAUGGUACCAAUCUAUGGUCUAUCGGCUUUUGGUCCUGGUUGGGGUAUUCUAAUAACACUUUCUAGUUUUAAUAAAUUUAAAACAAAUAUCAAAAAAUCAAGUUGGAUAAUAGCUUUGGGACAAAUGUUGGUAAUUGUAGCACUCAGCUUAAUAACGCAAUUAACAGAAAGAUAUUAUCAAGAAAUUUCUGAUAAUAAUUAUUAUUCGCGAGUGGAACGUGUUUCGGCUUUAUAUUUAUCGAGUGGCAGUGUUAUGGUGCACAUGAAAUGGGCCAAUUUAUGGUCAAUAUUAUACUUUUUCAUGAUGUUUUUAGGAGCUUUAGUUUUAAUCGUUAUACAAUUAUUUUCAAUUUUGACCACAAUAUUUGAUGAAUUUGCCUCACUGAGAGAUCGAAAGAUGGAAAUUUCUAUGAUUGUUACUGCCACCAUAGCUCUUGGUUCACUGUAUUUUACUUCGAAUCAUGGAGUUACGCAUUUCAACGCCAUUUCCGUAGAUUCCAAUAUUACCCAAAAUGCUCUUAACUUAUUAUUAAUACUAAUUGUUCUAUGGAUAUAUGGCCGUAUUAGAUUUCAGCGUGAUAUAGAAUUUAUGAUAAAUCAACGUUUCUCUACUUGGCAAAUAAAUGUUUUGAGAUUUGUGUCUCCACUGUUUAUGCUCUUUUCUUUGUUAACCGCUUUCUUAGUAGCAGGUUAUGAACACAUUAUUGCUGUUCCUGGCAUCCAAAUAAUUUGCAUUACUUUUGUUGCUUUACCUUGGAUUUAUAUACCUGUAUAUGCCAUACGUUCCAUGUAUCAGAGUGUUGGUACAAUAAAGACACGUUUUCAACAUUGUUGUAGACCAAAUGACUGGUAUCCGGUCGAUGCUGAAGAACGACAACGUUAUGAGGAGACAAUGGGCAAUUUGGAUGUAACACAUCAGUUAAAUGAGGUUACCGAAGAUAUUUAACAAUUAUCUGUAAAAUAUUUAAGAAAGUAUAGUCUGGCAUGUCUGAUCCUAUAAGAUACCCUACACCAGUUAUGAGUAUAUUUAAAUGUUAUUUGUUUUUUUUUUAUAAUAAAGCAAUUAUGUUGAAUUUAA